GUUUAGAAAAUGCGUUUUUGUUUAUCAUUAAUGCAAGUUUUUUUACUAUUUUUAUUGGGCUUGAAUCACUUUUUCUUGAAUCGUUUUUUUUUUCUUUAAGAAAAUCAUUGCGAAAAAUUUUGAAUAUGAUGCAAUUUAUGUUAUUAUUCAGUCGACAAGGUAAACUUCGAUUGCAAAAAUGGUACGUUGCCCAUGCAGAUAAAGUUAAGAAGAAGAUUACACGGGAACUUAUAUCCACAAUAUUGGCACGUAAGCCUAAAAUGUGUUCAUUCUUGGAGUACAAAGAAUCUAAAAUUGUUUACAAGAGAUACGCUAGCUUAUACUUCUGUUGUGCAAUUGAACAGGAAGAUAAUGAACUAUUGACUUUGGAAAUUAUUCACCGAUAUGUCGAAUUGCUUGAUAAAUACUUUGGAAGUGUUUGUGAACUCGACAUUAUUUUUAAUUUCGAGAAGGCUUACUUUAUCUUAGAUGAAUUACUUGUUGGGGGCGAAAUUCAGGAGACAUCCAAGAAAAAUGUAUUGAAAGCAAUUGCUGCACAAGAUGUUUUACAAGAGGUUUUAGAUGAAGAAGAUUAUUUUUUCUUUUAUUAAGCAAAAAUUUCUUGAUCCUUGCCAAUUUUUUUUUUGUUUUUCAAGAGUUUUAGUGCAUUUUUAUUUUAUUCAUGGUUUUAAGAGUCAUAGUUUUUCCAUCCUAGUUCAAAAUCAAGUAUUAUUAUCUUUGUAUGCCCGGCUUCGCAAGAUAUGAAAUCUAAACCAUUUGCUUUUAUGUUCAGUUUUCCGGGCAUGCGGGCUAUCUAAACAUAUGUCCUAACAACACAAAUGAGAACUUACAGAGAUUGAAGCUGAUUUUUUCGGCUUAAAUCAAUUUUCGUUGUUUUUGAUAGAUUAAUGAUUCUGUGUAAUAUUUUGUCUCCAUGUAACUAUAUGAAGCUCCAAAUUUCAAGUUAGCCAAUUCUGAGCCGAUCAGCCUACAAAUUGGCAAAAUAUUACAUAGAAUCUUAGUACAACAUGUAAAGCUCAGUUUUAAUACUUUAAAUUGGUGUUAAGUGUUUUUUUUUCUACCAAACAAAUUCAAAAAUUGAUUUAAACCUAGAAAAUUGGAUUCGAUCUCUUCGGAAAAUACGUUCAAAAUUGGAUAAAAUAAGCGUUAUUUUUCAGGCUUUUAAUUUUAAAACUGAUAAUUUAUUUUAUUGUUCAGACCAAUAAAUCAAAAUGGCGAAAGCUUCAGUAAAAAUACGCUUGUUAUCAUAACUGUUAUAAUUUAAGAUAGAGCCAAAUUUAAAUGAAAGAAAGGAUUGAAAAAACCAAAUUAAGAUUAUUUUUAAGCGUCCAUUGCUAUAAAAAGCCC